CAAUCAACUGAAAUGUCAUCUUGUUAUUUAAGAUUCUGCAUCCAGGCCAAGCGAUAGAUAUUUGUUUGUUUUUUUUGUUUCUGGAGCUUGUUAUUUUAAUGAGUACUUCAAAAGUGAAAUAUGAAGAUUGUAAUGUCAUGUGGCCUUCAUUAGACUGAACUAAAAAUAUAAAUUGCAGUUCACUGCUCUUUUAUCCAUUAUUUAGAGUAAAAUUAAUGUGACAGUCACUUAUAACAUUAUGUUCAAAUAUAUCAUGUUAAAAGACCAUAUCCUCCAGCAAUUAUGUUCCAAUUUGUCUUUUUAGGCAUUACUUGAAACGCAAAAUCUAUUGCGAACCCAGGUUCCCAACUUUACCUUCAACCUUGGAUAUUCUGGAAAAUUCUACCAUACAGGAAUGCUCGCGGAGGAUGAAGGUGAUGAUCUGCUGCUAAAAUACGUGAAUGAAUUUUGGUGGUUCCCUCACAUGUGGAAUCACAUGCAACCUCAUCUCUUCCACAACGAAUCGGUCUUGGCUGAGCAAAUGAUUCUCAACAAGGAGUUUGCAUUAAAACACGGUAUUCCCACUGACAUGGGCUACGCCGUGGCACCACAUCACUCUGGUGUCUAUCCGGUCCAUGUUCAGCUCUAUGAAGCAUGGAAGAAAGUGUGGGGCAUCACGGUGACCAGUACUGAGGAGUAUCCGCAUUUGAAACCUGCACGUUACAGGCAUGGCUUCAUCCAUAGUGGCAUCAUGGUACUCCCACGUCAAACCUGUGGCCUUUUCACACAUACCAUAUUCUACAAGGAGUACCCUGGAGGCCCAAGAGAACUGGACAAAAGCAUCAGAGGAGGAGAACUCUUUCUCACUGUUCUUCUGAAUCCAAUCAGCAUAUUCAUGACGCACUUAUCCAACUAUGGGAAUGAUCGACUGGGACUCUACACCUUUGUGAACUUGGCUAAUUUUGUUCACUGCUGGACGAACCUGAAACUGCAGACGUUGCCUCCAGUGCAGCUGGCACACAAAUACUUUGAGCUCUUUCCUGAGCAAAAGGAACCACUAUGGCAGAAUCCAUGUGAUGAUAAACGACACAAGGACAUCUGGUCCAAAGAGAAAACCUGUGAUCGUUUACCAAAAUUUUUGGUGGUUGGGCCUCAAAAAACGGGCACCACUGCUUUGUACCUGUUCCUAAUUAUGCAUCCAGCCAUCACCAGUAACUUCCCCAACCCAAAGACCUUUGAAGAAGUGCAGUUCUUCAAUGGGAAUGCUUAUCACAAGGGAAUUGACUGGUACAUGAAUUUUUUUCCUAUCCCUUCUAAUGUGACCACAGACUUUUUGUUUGAGAAGAGCGCAAACUACCUUCACUCUGAAGACGCCCCAAAUCGAGCUGCUGCCCUCUUACCAAAGGUGAAGAUAAUUACCAUUCUCAUCAACCCUUCGGAUCGGGCCUAUUCCUGGUACCAGCACCAGCGAGCCCAUGAAGAUCCAGCAGCCCAGCGUUACAGUUUUUAUGAGGUGAUUACAGCAGGUCGAAGAGCCACCCCCGAACUUCGAGCCCUUCAUAACCGGUGUCUGGUGCCUGGUUGGUACGCAGCUCAUAUCGAGAGGUGGCUAACAUACUACCCCGCUAGUCAGUUACACAUUAUAGAUGGGCACAAACUGAGGACUGAUCCUGCUGUGGUAAUGGACGGUGUGCAGAAAUUCCUCGGAGUAUCCCAAUACUACAAUUAUUCUCAAGCUCUGAUGUUUGAUCCACAAAAAGGCUUCUGGUGCCAGUUGCUCGAUGGAGGGAAGACAAAGUGUCUGGGGAAAAGCAAAGGCAGGAAAUAUCCAGCAAUGGAUGUAGAGUCCAGAACAUUCCUCUCAAGAUACUACAAAGACCACAACAUUGAACUGUCCAAGUUGUUCUACAGAUUGGGUCUGCCAUUACCAGCUUGGCUGAGGGAAGAGCUGCAAAAAGUGAUGAGAUAGUUGUUGUUGGAAAAAUGGAAGCAAUGUUGCUAUCAUCAGUCUCGACGCACAGCAUCCAGUACUCCAGUAGUCCUUUCCUCUCAAGCUAGGGGUGACUGCCAAAAAUAAACAACUUUUCACGAU